AUGGCUCUACCCAAGCGAAUUAUCAAGGAGACGGAGCGCCUGAUGGCCGAGCCUGUGCCUGGUAUCAGCGCCGUUCCUCACGAUGAUAACCUCCGCUAUUUCGAUGUCGAAAUCCAUGGGCCUGCUAGCUCUCCUUACGAAGGCGGGAUAUUCAAACUCGAGCUCUUCCUUCCCGAAGACUACCCCAUGACUGCGCCCAAGAUUCGAUUUCUCACAAAGAUAUUCCAUCCCAACGUCGACAAGCUUGGCCGUAUCUGUCUUGACGUCUUGAAGAAUAACUGGUCUCCUGCUCUGCAGAUCCGAACAAUCCUAUUGUCGAUUCAGGCUCUCUUGGGCGCCCCCAAUCCCGAUGACCCCCUGGCCGACGACGUAGCCAAGCAUUGGAAGGCUGAUGAACAGGCGGCUAUUGAAAAGGCCAGGGAAUGGACAAGAACAUACGCACAGCCUCAGCCCCAGCCGGCUUCGUGA